AUGGGCCGUUGUCGAAGUUCCCAGGCCGUGUUCGUGGCCGCAACAUGCCUGUGCGCGUUGCCCUUCUCUACUGCACUGGAGGCGUGCCCCAAAAACACCUACCGGUGCUCGCCAAUCGUCUUUAGUUGUGGCGGCGGCUUCGGCAACACUUACCUCACGGUGCCGGCAAAUCAGAGCGUACCCUUGACCAUCCCGCUUGGAGCGGAAGGCUUUCGGAUCACGGCAAACUCCAGCACGGGACGUGUUCGAUUGCAGCUUCGCGACGCGGGAUCCGAUGUUGUCGUCGUCGCUCAAGAUCACGGCCUCAUCAAUGGUUCCGUCCGUGCUGGAGUCUACAAGGAUGUUGGCAUCGUUUAUUCAGGAAACGUGUCGAGCGCUAACGUGAGCUUGUACUUGCUUGGUGCUCUUACGGCUCCAAUGAAGCUAUCUUUUGCGACGACCGCAACCAGCGGCACUGCCAGGGUGCACCUGGCCUACACUUUCGAGCGAGUCCUGGAAUGCUCUUCGCCGCCUGUUGGCUGCCAUGAGUACCACGAGGAAGAUGCUCGAUGGCAGGUCCAAGUCUGGAGUCGUUGGGCUCGCUCGGAGUACCAAAAUGCCAGCCGGGCUUGGGAAGCUCUCGCAGAAGACAGGGCAGAGCCAAAAGGGGUUUCCUGGCCCGAGUGGCCCGAGGUGUGGUCGGUUUUCGUGGGGAACUCGAGCAUCCAAGUCGCUGGCGAAGAGUGGCAGCCUAGCUUCCGGUACUUGGAUGCAGAUCGAGACGGCUUUGUUUCAAAGGAGGAGUUCGAGCUCGGCUUCCACGGUGGUAGCCAAGCCAGGGGCCGUGAGGAGGCAGCCGUGACAAUGGAAGAGGUGAUCGGUGAGACACAAAGUGCUGUUCGUUCCCACCUGUGGAUCGCUGUUGCCGUUGCCAUAUCUGUGCUGUUGCUGGCGGCAGUGUUGUGUUGGCGCUGCAGGUCCUCCGGUGCGAAACGCGUAGCUCGUUCUGUGUCGAAGCUCUCCCGCGACGAUGUCCCUUCCGGGCUUGGGCAGGCUCUAAAAAGUGGGCGUGCAGCCGCAGCGGCCAGCCAGCCGAACAAGGAGCCACCUGCAAGCAAGGGAACCAGAGGACUUCCAGACUCGGCCGGGGCCGGCGCUGUGCAUGGAGAGGGUCUUUGGCUCUUUCCCCACAUUGGUCAGGCCUUGCCAUCCUUCCUCACCCAAGAGUCAUUCCGGUACGUGCCGCUUGCAACCCAAGAGGAGAUGCCUCUGCAACAUGCUGGCGUCGGGCAGCCGCCAUCCUCGGAGAGUUUUACAGGAUGGCAUGCGCAGCCGGGUUCUUUCUCCCUGCCUGCUUCAUCCGCCUCCGGUCUUCAGAGCUUUUCUAUGUCCCCGGAGUUCGGUCUCGGCCACAUGGCACCGUCCAUGGUCCUCGGUCCUCUGGGUCAGGAUCCGCGGCGAGAGGCCAUGCUGCAUGCGGCCUGGGCCGCCAGGCUGACACAAGGCAGUCCCUGGUCCUCUGCUCCAGCUUCAGCCACCUCGCCGAGCAUCGUAGAGCCUCCAGUCCGCCACGCAGAGUUGGCCGGACCGGUGCAGGUAAUGCCGGCGGAAAUCCCAGUGGCUGGCACUGCUGGCACGGAGGGGGAGAAUCACAUCGUUCAAAAGGGCAACAGCGAGAUCAAGCUGCUCGACCACCUCUCCCUCGCAGGCGACCUCAACCAGCUGGUGCGCAUUCGCGGCCUCCAAAGCGCGGAAGGCUCCAAGCUCAACGGGCAGCUGGGGCGAUGCGACCGUCUCGAUGAAAAGACAGGGCGCUGGGGAGUGAUCCUGGGGGACGGGCAGACGAAGGCUCUCAGAGCCGACAACAUCUUCUCCUUCGAUGAGUACUUGAAGGUGGCUCAUGAAGGGCGGACGCCCGUGGAUAUUGGACCCUUCAUGAACGAUUUCUUGACAAAUCCCAAGUAUGAUGCACCGGCAGGGGCGGCUGGCUACAAGAGUCGAGCAGGACUCUCACCACAAGAGCGGCUUCAACAGUCGUAUGACAAGGCCCAGCGAGAAGGUCGAAGAGCAAGCCCUCGGCUGAGCAAAGACGACGAAAAAUCCGGGAGAUACUCGCCUUUUCUCGUAAAGCAGGUGGAGCUGCAAGCGGGCUCUAUAGAGUUGGGAAUCAUCGCUCCAAAAAGCCAGGACUCCCGGCGGCCUAUUCCUACCAUCUUGGCGAUUUCAAGAGGCGAGCAACGUCAUGUCGCUAAGCUUUUCCGAGCUCUGCGUGCGGAAGAACACGGAUGGCAACUGUUGGUGCCAAUGCGCACCGCAAACAGUCCCGACUUCUUUGAGCCGGCCGGCCAGACUAUCUUGGAGCAGCUUAUGAAGGCUGUGCUGGAGGAUCGGGAGAGUGACAUCAGUCCCUUUGGAGCCAUGAGCAAUGUGUUCCACCUCCUGGGCAUUAGCCAUGGUGCCGCUGCCUUGCUGUCCUUGGCCUGCAGAGUCCCUGAGCAAGUUGGCUCGCUGACGCUCAUCCAGGGUUUUCUGCCGCAGCUUUGCGAGGUCCAGGCCCUGAGAAACAUGGAGAACAUCCGUUUCUAUGUCGGCGAUCAGGAUGAACUUGGCCUUGACCUUGGCACUCUUCUCGGCUUUGCCAUCGCGAGUAUCUCCGAGGUAUCAAGGAAUCUCUCAAGGAAGCAGGCGGCCGCGCCCACACCCAUGUCGCAUGGCACCCGCUUUGCGGUCGUCAAAACGGUUGUAACCUUCCCUUCGGCCCUGAGGAUCUCUGGAAGCGACUGGAGCUGGCUCGAUGAAGCGGAGCGGCGGAGUCUCACCCGGCUGCGGCCGCGGCGAAGUUGUGACCUUCAGAAGUCUUCCGGUCUGCAGGAAAAUUUGACACUGCUUUCCGCCGCUUUGAAGAAUUUGUGCUGCACGAUGUGGGACUCUGCUUUCGGCUCGCAGCACAAGGCUCGAGGACAGCUCCUGUGCAAGCCAUGGGAGAGCCCAUGGCCAGAAAGCGGAGGAGGGCACUGGAUUGCCUGGACCUUCCUCCGGACAUCUUGCGUGAAGGGCAUGGUGAUCUUCCGUGGGCUUGGCGCCUUAACGACAUGUCCUUGA